UACAUUUACAACCUCCAUUGCGCCACCCCUCCCUGCCUUAACCGCGUUUCGACAUGCUGUACAGCUUAGCGACCCCAUAGUAUCCUCUCUCUCCGUUCCUGAUCAUGGACAACUCUCUACUAUCCUCCAAAAGGAGGAAACUCGAUACCCCGACCCGCUCGGUGUCGAGCCCGCUCGCAAAGCGUCCAAACCAGAGGACAUCUGGACGAUUGAUAAAUCGAACAACAUCACUAGCGAACGGGCACACAGCCGAGAAACUGACCGCUUCCCUCCGAAAGUCUCAAGGAUUAAGGAACAAGGGCAGCACCCCGAAUGGCACUACGAACAGGGCAUCAUACUAUCAAGGACAGGCCGAGAGAAAGGAUGUAUACGAUGAUAUCGAUGGAGCGUUAGGCGUAGAAGCGCCUGCAGAAACGCCGACCCGGACGCAGAAAGGGAGGCCGAGAAAGAAAUUCGUUCUGGAUCCUUCCUUGCCCCAUCCUUUCAAAAAGAAGAAGUUGUUAGAUGCUGUAGAUAGCGAGGAUAGGUCGGAUAAACUUCUAAGUAUUGAUUCCACACCACGGGCCACGGAUACGAACGCCAUGGACAAAGAGCAGAGUGUGAAUCGGGAAACAGGCCGUUCUCUCCUCAACGAUUCAAAGCACGGGACCGGUCUUGAAGCCGGGAUCCAGGAUGAGUUAGGUGAUGCAUCCUCUACACCUUCAAGGCGGAAGGGCUUUGCUAGUGUGGCUAGCAUAGGUGCGAAAAACUUCGUUGCGCGGACCUCUUCCAGAUCAGGUGCCAGGAGCUCUCGUAAAACAGGUGAAUCCGCAAAGGAGCACGAGGAUUCUACCCAGCCUUAUAUCAACGGUAUUGACGGAACGCCGUCAGAAUUGCGAUCGAGCAGGAGAGCCUCCGCAUCUGGGAAAACCCGGAAGCGGGCCGCGACCGAGACAGAGGACGAUGAGCUUGCUGCCGCAACUCCUUCCGAGACAGCAAAACAUCAGAGCGCCGUUCAAGAUUCCGAGGAUGAUUUCGGCGAUCGUUCUCUACCCAGCAAUACGAAGAGCAUAAACCUACGACGUCGGCGCAACCGUGCGGAUCAUACCAGUAACCGGGACGAGAUCAGUAUGCAUCCUGAAGACGAACAAGCCUCGGAUGCCCCGACAGAAGUGAGUGACCAUGACAAAGAUCUCAUGGACGUAGAUGGCGGCAGUGCUCUCGAUCCUACAGAACCGAGUCCUUUCAAUAUCCCCUUCCGGAAGGAGAAGGCGACUGCUCCCCUCAGUGGACAUCUUGAGCCAGGGCGAAAGUUAGACCUCCUCAAAUCCAUUGCCCUAGAGCGAAUCAUGGGAAAGCGCCCAACUCCCUUGAUUGGGCUAGACGAGGAGUAUAAGACCGUUCAUCAGCUCAUUGAGCAUACCAUCACGGCUGGCGAAGGCAAUUCUAUGCUCUUGAUAGGAGCCAGGGGAAGCGGGAAGACAGCGCUCGUGAACAAGAUUCUCAUGGAAAUCUCGAAGAACAACAGCGAAGAAUAUCACGUCGUCCGACUCAGCGGGUUCAUCCACACCGAUGACAAAAUUGCUCUCCGCGAAAUUUGGCGCCAAUUAGGCAAGGAAAUGGACGUCGAAGAGGACGGAGGUCUGAGCAAAAACUACGCCGAUACCCUAACCACUCUUCUCGCCCUUCUCUCCCAUCCAUCUGAACAGACCGGUGAACUCACUGACCAAGUAGCCAAAGCCGUUGUAUUCAUCAUGGACGAAUUCGACCUAUUUGCUCAACAUCCUCGACAAACGCUUUUGUACAAUUUAUUCGAUAUUGCCCAGUCCCGGAAGGCUCCCAUCGCUGUACUAGGACUAACCACUAGGAUUGAUGUCGCGAACAGUUUAGAAAAGAGGGUGAAAAGCCGGUUCAGUCAUCGCUAUGUUCAUUUGAGUCUCGCAAAGACUUUUACUGCUUUCCAAGAGAUAUGCAAAGCGGUCUUAAUUGUACAGCCAGAGCAGCUUAGUGUUGAGGAGCGGGCAGUUCUCGGCGAAGGGUCUCAGUCUGCACCGGGGAAAGGGAGUGAGAAGGGUCCGAAGCAGGAUAUCCUUCCUGAGUGGAACGCAAAUGUCUCCUCCCUAUUCGCCUCGAAGUCUUUUCUCAAAGACCAUCUCGCACCUCAUUUCUACUGCACAAAAUCCAUUUCCACCGUCCUAACGUCCUUCCUUCUCUCCACUACGACUCUUUCCGCAGAGUCCUCAUCCCUCAACCCAUCUCACCUCCUCUCCCCACCAGAUUCUAAACUAGCUCUCCUACCAACACUCUCCACUCUCGCGCUCUCGCUCCUAAUCGCCGCCGCCCGCCUUGACAUUAUCCACGACUCCGACUCCUGCAACUUCAACAUGUGCUACGAUGAAUACGUGACCCUCGCUUCCAAGGCCCGGAUCCAGUCUGCGGCUGGUGGCGCGAGCAGUAGUGGUGGGGUUAGCAAGGUUUGGGGGAAAGAGGUCGCGCGGCGAGAAUGGGAGUGGUUGGUGGAAUUAGGGCUUUUAAUGCCGGUAUUGAUAGCAGGGAUAGGGGGAGCUAGAUCCGGGUUUGCUAUGAUGAGAUGUGAUGUUGCUCUCGAGGAGAUCAGAGGGGUGUUGCAGAAGGAGAAGGGGGUUGAUAAGGGGCUGGAGCGGUGGUGUAGGCAGCUUUGAGGACGUGGCGGUAUGCAUUGACGGGGUAUGGGAAUUCAUUGAUGAUGUUUAC